GGGUAACCACCUUUCGUACUGCUUAGCCUUCUGUUUCUGUUUCGGAUUAUGUUUUGCAUGUUCUUAAGGAUAAAACAAACAAGGGGAAAUCAUCGCGAACAAGAACCUCAAAAACACAGUCUGGAUUAUCCGCCCUUGAUUAUUUUAAAUUGCCUAACUAAAUAUUAGAACUUUGUAUUGCAAAUUUGUUAUCAUUUUGAGUUUGAAAAAAUGAAGUUACUUUUAAAAUGUUUGGUAUUUUUAACAAUUUUUAAAGUAAUAUCCUGUUCAAACGAGGACAAUACAAGAGUAAUUCUCAGUCAUAUGCAAGAUUGGGGAAAAGAAAUUUUCAAGACUUUGACAGGAAAGAAUAAAGGACAAUACUUAGUCGCAGCUCUAUUGUCUGAUGACGACUUGAAUACACCACAUAAGAUGCCAGGCAAAUUGCUGAAAGGAUGUCCUAAUGACGGUCCAGAUAAAGAUAAACAUAUGAUAAUGUGCUCAACUAGUGGGGUACUUCUAAACAGAAAAAGUGAGGAAAUUUUGAAUAGAAGUCGUUGGAAUGACACAAAAUAUAAAGACCAUCCGUGGCAUGGAGAAUAUAUAUUGUUAAAUGAAGGUUUCAUAGAAAAGCUUGUGGAAAAUUUUGGAAAGGACAAAAAUUGUCAGGUGUACUUAUACUCCUAUUAUAUACCAUGUGCUGACAUAAAUGGCACUCCGUACUCGUGCUCCAAUGAAAUUCUAAUUUAUAACGAUAGGGGUGAUAUAUCAUGUAAAAUAACUGUUAUCGGGUACACAAAGGUAUUUAGACGUUCAAACAAGACACUGACAAACAAGACAAUAGCGGUAAAUAACAUUAAUUCAGCCCGUGCACAGUUGUUUCAAAAUGUCAAAAAUGCCAAAUUGAUGGCAAUUAAAGAUGUCAAGGACAGAAAUCGUGCUGUACCUUUACAGGAAUUAAUGUUUUCGUGCCUGGUUGAAUCGCAUUUGUCAGGCUGUUGUGUAAGCUCCAUCUCAUACAGAAGACGCAGCAAUGAAAUAAUUGCGUAUUUCGUAAACAAUAUGGUACAUUCUCUUGUGAUAAAAUUCUGCACAAAAACAGCAAUGGAAUUAGCAUCUGGAUUUGGAAAGCCUUAUAAUGCACAGAAAUUGUCGCAAGCAGGUUGGACAUUUAAUGGAGAACAUUGGAACCUUCUUUAUCCUAUAUCUCCCGAGCAAUUAAGAAAUCAGAUGAAGCUGCAAUGUGCUAAAAAACCUAUGUCAGUCGACUCCAUCUGUACGAAAUAUGACAGCGAUGAAUACAGGAGACGACAACAGGAAAAUGACAUGCCGCUGAGGAGACGUGGCGGGUGA